AUGAGAUUUAGAUGCGGUGCCUUGUUCUGUUCGCAAUCUGCGCCUGGAUUGCUUGUUUUUAAAUGGGGGAACAAAAAAAAAAAACCGCCAAAAGGGAAGGAGGCCCCCAAGCAUAUCACUGCAGCUGUGGAGAAGUUUCUAAAAAAAAAGCUUCCCGAAGACGAAUUUUUCAGCUGGGUAGAGGCCACUGCAAAAGAUGGAAAGAUGUACACUUAUGCGAUAACCGGAGAGCUCUCGAGAAUUCAAGAAUUUGAUAGAGUGGCGUUCGAUGGUCAUACGGAACUGAAAAAUAUCGAAAAUGCUGCAUUAAUAAAACCAACUCCAUUUGAUUCUGUUCGGCGAUUCUGCUUCGAUUUGACGUCGCUCUCCACCUAUCCACAAACGCUGUUCUCUGCCACCCUCCUCUUGUACGAGUCACUACAGCCGACAGGUGCGAAGGGACAGCGUAUUCGAAGCCAAUUUGAUAACAAUUUUCAAAGCUACUGA